AAAGGAGAAAGGAACCUUCACGGUGAGAACAGGACAUCUGCUGAGGGGAACAAUGUCCGCUCCGGCUGAAGGAGCGGGGGAUCCCAAGAGGAGGGUACGUUUCGGGCGACGUCCAGAAAGAAACGACGGAGCGUUCGGGAGAAGGGAGCGUCGCACUGAGAAGGGAGGCACUGCAGAGUCGGCGGAGGAGGGCGUUCCGGGGUCUCGGGGACGGAGGCGUCUUUGCAAGGCCCAGUUCCUGGCCUGGGGAAGGGCCGUCUGGAACCGCUGCGAAGAGACGCACGGUUCAAUUUGGCUGCAACUGGUUCCAGAUAUUCCAGCUGUCCAGACCCACUUUACAAAUGUGCAUAAGGACAGUGUAUUAAACAAAGCAGAACUUAGAAUGGAAAAGUCUUUAGGGUAGUGAUUGUGAUAAAGAAGAGCAGUAGCUAGGUCUUUUAAACCUUUUUUUAAAAAAUGAAAAUAGACCAGACGAAAAUGAAUACCUCUGUUGGGGCCCAGGAUGUACCAUCCCAAAAAUGUGACUGUAAAAGACCAGAAUGUGCCACUCUAAAACAUACUUCUGGGGCAUAUUUUGAGGCGAGAGACUGCAGACAGAGUAGUUCUGAAAAUCUGUCCGUUUGUAAAAGAAAUAUACAUCUAUAGGGAAAAUCUGUUUAGUAAAAUGUCUAUUAGGGAGAGGGCUGCUCUGAGAUAACUUUUAUUACCUGAGAGACUGUCUGCGUAACAAGACAACCUUUAUUCAUCAUUUAUUUUCUCCCCUCACUUUCCCACAACUUAUGUGGCCACAACCCCCACCACCACCAACCCAAAGCCCCAAACCUCUAAGCCCCUAACCCCUAUUCCUUCUGUAGCUGAGGAUGUUAUAUAAGCGUCAGUCAUCUGACCCGUGUGAGAUUCCCCUGCAUAUGUAGUUAAAUAUGGCCUUUUCCUGUUAAUCUUUUUUGUCAACUUAAUUUGUAGCCCAGCCAAAGGACCUGGGAUGGUGAAGGGAAACCGUUUUUCCCUCCCCUACACCUCAGUACCCACUGCCAGCUGAAGCAAUAGAACAUUACUAAAGCCACCUGUACACCUUUCUCCUUUUGAAUUACCUUCCCUCAGAAGAGGUCUUUAAUCCAUCAUGAGCCCUCCUCUAUAUGUAUCAUUAUACAGCUUACCACAACCUCUGAGGGUCCCAGCAAGAAUCCUAACAUCUAGCAGCUCUACCACGAGGACACAACCCCUAAAACUAAUCCUAACAAGCACAUCUAAAGGUUAAGGCUACAUUUCCAGAUAGUCCAACAGCCAAGUCAUCAGUUUCCAAGGCAUUGGCAUCACCUAUGGAAAACAUUGGAUCCUUGCACACCAGACGUUCUUGACAGCUCAUCCCGUCAUUCGCCCUGCAUAAAAGUUGCUUCACCAGCAGGCAGCCAAGGCAGCUACUGAGCAUAUUUUCAUUGCCAAGUAAAGACAAUAUCACUGCCAACAAAACAGAGUACACAAAGUGUCUCUUCACAGUAUCACUGCCAAUUGAGACUGUGCUAAGAAAAUCAGCUUGCCUAGAUGAGGACCCCUUCUCUUCUUGGGUAGUCAUGAUUUGAAGGAGAUACUCUGUGACCUGUGCCACUGGUAAGUGACUAACACUUUUACACAUUGAACUGGUCCUGAGAACUGAGAUGUCUUCCUUGUAAGUGAAGAAUAUACAACAUAAUCUUGAAGAACUGCAUGGUGGUGUGGGCCAAAGGCAAUACUUUGUGUGUGUCAUGAACUGAGAGACCAAUCUUGAUAAAAGGAUUUUUCAUCUCAUUUCUAUUAGUCAGUGUUCUGCUGGCUUAGAUUGUUACCUUUUUCUGGUUCCUUAUUCUGUUUUACUCUAAUGGGUCCCAGAAAUCCCUCUCCUGAUCCCUUAUCAGAAUCAGAAAGUGAAGAAGAAGAAAACAGCUACUUAAAUGAGAGUUCUGGGGAAGAGUGGGAUUCCUCAGAAGAAGAGGACCCCGUGGUAUCCAACUUAACGCCUCUUGAGAGUCUUGCCUGGCAGGUUAAGUGCCUUUUAAAAUAUUCUGCAAGUUGGAAACCUUUAAAUCCUAAUUCCUGGUUGUAUCAUGCUAAACUCUUGGAUCCAAGCACACCAGUUCAUAUACUUCGAGAGAUAGGCCUGAGACUCUCCCAUUGUUCCUAUUGUAUCCCCAAACUGGAACCAAUUCCUGAAUGGCCCCCUCUGGCCUCUUGUGGAGUCCCACCUUUUCAAAAGCCUCUUACAAGUCCCAGCCGGCUCUCUAGAGAUGCCACCCUAAAUGGACCACUUCAGUUUGCCACUAAACAGUUAAGCAGAACAUUGAGUAGUGCCACUCCCAUACAUGAAUACUUAAGACAGAUCCCUAAUUUAUGCGUUUCUCAUUGUUGCUGUGGCUGGCUAACUAAAACAGUUAAGGACACAACUCGCACUGAACCCAUCAACACUACUUACUCUUACACUGACUUCCAAAAGGCAGUUAACAAACUCCUAACUGUAUCACUAUAAAGAUCCACCAUUUGCUCUUAUAUCUCAGAUGUUGCUAAUUGAGAAAGGGGUACAAAGUUAAGCAUUACACAGACCACGGUGGAGAAACUAAUGCCUUCUCAACCGAACGAUUGUGCCCUGGCAAGCCUAAGUACUACUAAGUACUGAACAUACACCCAAGGGUCCUAUAACCCAACUAUAAAAAAUGCAUUGUGAGCAUACCCUUUGACAGACCCUGUGGAUAAAUGAGAACUUCAAUGGAGAAUUAGUCCCAAGAGACCAUAUUACAAAAGAAAUUGAAUGUUCUCCACACUCAGUUCACCCCCCCAUCACCCUCCACAUGCCAAUUUACUCUGCCUAUCUGAAUGGACUUUAACUAGGUAUCUGAUGAUUAUUGGGAAGAAAAAAGUAGACCACCACCCCUUUUGUUACCCAACCUUUAGAAUAGUCAAGUGGAAAACAAGAAGUUGGCUACCUCCAAUAAUAUGUUUCUGAGCAUACUCUGACAUUUCUUUCUAAGGAGACGAAUUAUAUUGAAUAACUGCACAAAGGAAAAUGGCAGGAAUGUGGGUUUUUUUCUCAGCUUUUAUAUAGGUAUGCCUACAUAUGACAACCUUCAGGGGGUUCCUAUUUUUUUGUAGGGCAGUGCAGUUUGAAACCUAGCCUACACUACUGCUAACCUAUUAUGGCACCUGUAAUUAUAGGAUGAACAUUGUAUAUUAUGGGCUUCCAUUAGGUUGUCUCUGGCUAAAUUGGCUUAUAAGAUUAUCCCUUGGGAUUAGACAGACACCUGUUCUGUAAGGAAUAUGUUUCCUGAAUGUUGGCACUCAGACUAUUGUCAAGAGCAAAUAAAAUACAUUCCCAAAAGAUAAAUGGUAAAGGACUGAGAGAGCAUUUAUGCUUCCAAUAUUAACUGCUAAUGGAUUUCAUCUGUAUAACAUUUCCUGGAGCAGAAGUUUAUGUACUUUCCACAUCCAUUGCAGACUUUUCAGGAACCUAAUUUUAAAGAACCUUCUUGUAGAAGAAGAUCUCUGCCUAAUGCAAUCUGAAAUUAAGAGUUUUAGUACCAUUGUUUUUCUAAGUAGAUUGGCUUUAGAUUUUCUUCUGGCUGAACAAGGAAGGGUAUGCGCCCUUUUAAAUGAGCCUGGCUGUGUUUACUUAAAUGAGACAAAACAAAUCAACAUACAUAAAAUAAAAUGCAUGAGACCAUUAAAUCUUUUCAUAUACCCUUAAAUAAAGUGAAAUUUGUGUGUGGUCCUGGUUGACUGGGCAUCUAAAGGGAACCAGAAAACAGAUUGUUAAAAGUGUAUCAUAUAUCCUCUUUCUUUUUUGGUUAUCCUUUUUCCUAUUCUCUAUAAUUAAGUGCUGUAUACAAAGUGGCAUCAAAUAAUUAAAGCAGUGAUGGAAUCACAAAUUCUGUAAAUAUAUAGCAACUUAAAAGAGAGAAGAGAAUGUUUAUAAUCUAAUGAUUAUUUCUGCUGAGCCUUAUAGUUAUCCUAUCUUAAGGAAAAAAGAGGGAAUAGUAGUAGGUAGGAAAAAAGUAUGUUAGUGAAAAUUACUGACCUGAAACCAUAUCUCAUACUGUUAGUGUCACUGAAUGUAUCAGAAAGUGUUCCUAUGUAGAUGUUCUGUGGAAUUAGUUUUUAAAAUGUUACAAGUACCUGUUUCCUUUUUUUUUUAAGGGGGGUUGGGAAGAGAUAGGGAAUAGGUCUGAAAAUUAAAAUAUGUUGAUGUUUGUGUAUCCAUAAUAUGUUCCUUUCUGUGUGUGUGUGUGUGUGUGUGUGUGUGUGUGUGCGCGCGCGUGCGCGCGUGCAUGUGCGUAUAAGUAAGUAUAAAAGUGCCUUGCUCAUGAAUGCUUUUUUGCUAUUUACUCCAAAAGGAAGCCUUUCCCCAGCUUGGCAGCUGAAUAAACCAACAGCUUUGUACAUGC